GACCCCACCCUUUGUGUUUCCCGCACCGUCAAUCAAAAUAGAAACAAUUGACUAGAAUCACCGAUUGCAGCCAGCCUUCGAUUACUGUAAUCAUGUUUCGCUUGUGGUAAUACAGAGAUUCUGCGAAAUAAAAUAAUUCACGCAAUGACUGGUAUGUAAUGUUCAACCUAACCAUCGGUAUGUUUGCACCCUUUAGCUAAGCUAAUGUUAGCUAGCUGUUUUAAUAUUUUUCCAACAGCUUAGCCAACAGUGAACGUUAGCCUGCAUGCUAGCCACAACUACAACAUACGUAGCUAGCUAAGGCUUCAGACAGUUUGAUCAACUCCACACCGCAGCUGUAAUGGAGCCCCAGAACAGCCAGUGAAACAAGAGGAAAUGGCUGCCUUGGACGUGGACAGCAGUCAAAGCGAGUUUCUGCAGCAAGACUGUGGCACAGGAGAUCAGGACACUCAGUCGUCAUCGCUCGCUCUGCUAGCAGCUACCUGCAGCAAGAUCGAGUCGGCAUCAUCAGAUGGGGGUAACGGUGCUGCCGCUGCAGUGACGACAGACCUAACAUCCAUCCAGUUAACAGGGAACCAAGAUAGAUGGGAGGUUUUGACCCCCACAACAACACGGAAGGAGGAACCUGGCGCGGUCCAUAUCCAGAGUCGGGGGAUCGUGACAUCAAACGGACAGUAUGUUCUUCCUCUCCAGAACCUUCAGAGCCAACCGAUCUUUGUGACAUCAGGAAGCGACACCUCCGCCAACACAGUGCCUAACAUUCAGUACAUUCAGACAGCUGAGGGACAGCAACUGAGCUUCUCCACCUCCAGUGAGGACGGGGCCACUCUGAGCCAAGAUGCCACAGGGCAGAUCCAGAUCUUGCCUGACGGAACUCAGACUAUAAGUGUGACUGGGGCCGGAGACAUCCUUACUAAUAACCAGAACCUCAUAUCACAGACUGGUCAUGUCCAGCAGAUCCAGGGUGUUUCUAUCGGCAGCUCCACCUUUAACAACCAGGGUCAGGUUGUCACUAAUGUGCCUAUGGGGUUGCCAGGGAACAUCACCUUUGUCCCCAUUAGCAGUGUGGACCUGGACUCCCUGGGCCUCUCUGGUGCUCAGACUAUAGCAACAGGGGUCACUUCUGAUGGCCAGCUCAUCAUGACCAGUCAGCCUGUGGACAGCUCUGAGAGUUUGGAGAAGACAGGUGACCAGCACUCGCAAACACUGUCUGUAAAUGACUCGAAUGCUAAUGCAGACAUGUAUGUGCCAACGUCCUCCGCCCAGCUGCCUGAGGCCAUGGAUGAGACGGGUGUUCUAACCCAAGCCCCAGAGCAGACAGACCCCUCUGGUCUCCAGGGCUACAUUCAGCAGAACCAGGUCCAGAACAUCCAGGUGUCCUCAGGCCAGUCCAUCAUCCAGCUGCAACAGGUGCCAGUCCAGACCAGUGAUGGUCAGCUGGUGCAGGCAGCAGGGGGACAGACCAUGCAGAACGUUCAGCUCAUCAACCCAGGGACCUUCAUCAUCCAGGCCCAGACCGUCACGGCCUCAGGGCAGAUCCAGUGGCAGACCUUUCAGGUGCAGGGGGUCCAGAACCUCCAGAACCUCCAGCUGUCCACCAACCCAGCCCAGCAGAUCACACUGGCCCCAUUGCAAACCUUGUCUCUGGGCCAGGGAGAAGCGCAACAGAUCCCCAACCUGCAGACUGUGACUGUCAACUCUUUGGUCCAGGCAGGCAUUCAGUACCAGCAGGCAGAGGACACCAACAGCCCUGGAGACGUCCAGAUAAAGGAGGAGCCGGACUCCGAGGACUGGCAGCUGGGCAGUGACUCCACUCUGAACACCAGUGACCUUUCCCACCUGCGGGUCAGGCUAGAGGACGAGGAGGACCAACUCGGCGAGGGGGGCAAGCGGCUACGCAGGGUGGCCUGCACCUGCCCCAAUUGCAAAGAGGCUGGGGGGAGAGGAUCCAACAUGGGGAAGAAGAAGCAACACAUCUGUCACAUCCCGGGCUGUGGGAAGGUGUACGGGAAGACAUCCCACCUGCGAGCGCACCUGCGCUGGCACUCAGGGGAGCGGCCAUUCGUCUGCAGCUGGAUGUACUGUGGGAAGAGGUUCACACGCAGCGACGAACUGCAGAGACACAGAAGGACACAUACAGGGGAGAAGAAGUUUGUCUGCCCGGAAUGUUCCAAGCGCUUCAUGCGGAGCGACCACCUGGCCAAGCACAUUAAAACUCACCAGAACAAGAAAGGAGUCAUGAACUCUGUGAGCAACGCGGUGGUGGGCUCCAUGGAGUCCGCGGGCUCGUCAGACAGCAUCAUCACGGCGGGCGGCACCACCCUCAUCCUCACCAACAUUCAGCAGGGCUCCAGUAACUCCCAGGACAUCCUGGCCAAUGCUGAAAUCCCACUACAACUGGUCACUAUAGCAGCCGGAGAAGUCCUAGAGAUGGCCGAGUCACAGUGACACUCACUUGCUCAUCACUCAUUUUCCCUGCUUAUAAAUAUAAAUAUAUAUAUUAGUACCAGUCAAAAGUUUUUUACACACCUACUCAUUCCAGGGUUUUUCUUUAUUUUUACUAUUUUCUACAUUGUGGAAUAAUAGUG